CCCCAUUUUGCAUUGUGUUUGUUUUGAAACGUAACAAUUGGUCGCUCGAGCUUUGCGUUUCUCAAUUACGUAGUUGUUACGCGUUUCCUCACUUUAGACUACUACAGACAGUUGUUGUUCUACUAGCAAGGUAAAGUUGAAUUCCAAUCUCACCAACAUGGCAACUACAGUCAAGGAUAUUAUGCUCUUCAUACCGAAUUUAAUUGGAUACGUCCGUAUAGUGCUUGCUAUAGCUUCAGCUUAUUAUAUGCCGUUUGAUUACGUCACUGCUUCUUUAUGUUACGUCAUAAGCGUUGGUUUGGACGCAAUAGAUGGAUAUGCUGCCAGAGUUUUUAACCAGGGCACAAAGUUUGGGGCAAUGUUGGACCAGUUGACUGACAGAGCAAGUACUGCUACACUGGUGAUGACACUCAGUUACUUCUAUCCCAAAUACAUGUUCUUGUUCCAAAUGAGCUUAGUGAUUGAUAUCAUCUGCCAUUGGUUGCACCUCCAUGUCUCUAUUAUGAAAGGUUCAAGCCAUAAAUCAAUGGGAUUGGAUAGCAACCCAAUCAUGAAGGUUUAUUAUACAUCAAGGCCUGUUCUGUUCUUCAUGUGUGCUGGAAAUGAAUUGUUCUACUCCAUGCUCUAUCUUCUUUAUUUCACCGAAGGGCCUAUUGUGUUGGGCGUGAGUCUGUUUCGUGUUUGUCUCUUUGUUUCAUUCCCAAUCAUGGCAGUAAAGACACUGAUCAGUAUCAUACACCUCAUGGACGCUUCUAUUCGCUUGUGUGCAAUUGAUGCGGAUGAUAGAAAUAAGUCAAACUAAAUCCACUUUUAAGAUUUCAUGCACAACUUUCUAGUUUUAUCAUUUAAACCAUAAUCUUUUGGAUUAAUUUGUAUUAUAAAUCUAAAAAAGUUAUUUUGUUAUUUUUUUACCUGCACCAAUCUGAGAGGCAGGGUUACUCACUUUUAAUAUGCUUGGUAGCACCAGUUAUUAUAAACUAUAAAGUUUUAAUUUGUUUCUUGUUAAAAAAGUACCAUAGAUUAUAGAGAAGGUACAUAAAAGCCAAGUGUAACUGUUGUUGUUGAAGCUGCUUUCGUAAUUGUUUCUUGUUGUUGUACACCAACUACCUAUGUAAAAAGUUAAGCCACAUAUAUUCACUAUAUUAUUUCAACUGUGUAAUUUAUUGCAGUCGUUUUAGCAACACUGUAACUGUAUCUUAAAUCAAAAAUAUGUUCGCAGUAGUAUUAUCAGGUUUUACUAAUUUCUCGUUCUUGGUUCCAUAGCUUUCACAUUGUAAUAUAAACUGUAUCAUGCAAAAACAUUUAUCAAAUAUCAUGUUUUAUGCUGCUGUUUUAACUGUGCUGUGUAUUGAUUUUGUGUUCAUAGUACUUUUUAAAGCAAAAUGAAUAAGUCAAUGUAAUUAGAUUAUAUUCUAACUGAUC